GCUACAUUCACUCAUUUUUAGUUUGACAUUUUUUUUCGCGAAUCUAAACAAUUAAAAUGAUGAUGAUAAUGUUCUUCAAGAUGGUUAUUAUCACGGUUUUAAUCCCAUUAUUAUUGUUUCCAUACGAUUAUAUUGUCAUUGUCGAUGCAUUACCAGUGAAAAAUCGUCGUGAAAUCGCCCUACCAAAUCCAUAUGAUACAUGGGGUGAUUAUUGUCGAAUGAAAAAUCCAUUUCAUCCAAAAUGUCGUGGUAUUGCUGUACAGAAAUUGAUCGAUAUUUCUAUUGAACAAAUGGAUCCAGAACACCGGGAACAAUAUCGUGAAUUUCUUAUCGGUUAUGUUAUUGAUAAAUAUCCAAAUGUUGUUGGAAAAUUAUUGAAAAAUAAUGAUAUAAUUCGAAGAAUGGUGAUGAACGAAUCGAAAUAUAUCGAACAACAAAACCAGCCAAUGAUAACAACAACAACAACGAAUGAUCCUGUUACAAUCGAUAUAUCGAAUGAUUUUUAUAUCCGCAAUAGUAAUAAUCAAGAUCGAAGUAUAAUUUUUGAUUAACAUUUUUUUUUCAUUCUCAUUUUCAUUUUCGAAAUCGAUAUUUGAUAUAAAAAACAAACA